GUAGAAGGCGGACUAGUUAACGCGGUGGAUGAAUACAUCAGGAGGUGCGGCGUUUAAUCGAAAGUAAAACGAAUAAGGAAAUAUAGACAACGGCUGGAAGCUGUGGAUCCGCGUCCCAAAUCUGAAGUCCUUAUAAUUUAAGUUUAAUUUAGUUUAUUUAAGAUUGAACUGGAAAUUUGCUGCGUCAUGUCAAAGGCGGCAACCCUGAAGAUUAAAAGCGCGAGCGCAGUCAAGGUGGAAAACUUCCGCCAAAGUCUGUAUCACGAGGCAGGGAACCUGUUUUCCAACCUGAUCCCGCAGAAGAUCAUCCAGCUGGACGCGCUGCUCAGGGAUGACGCCUUCAUCCUCACAGACUCCCUCCAGGCUCCUCUGGACAUCCCCAUACCGGAGCCUCCUUCUCCAGAAGAGGAGGACAUGGAGACCGACAAGGACGAAGACGGCAAGAAGAAGAAGGCUCCAAAAUGUGGUUUCAUCAAAGGUAACGAGAAGAUCAUGACUCUCCUGGAGCGCGUGAAGCCGGAGAUUGUAGCCCUCAGAGAGACCAUCAUCACCGUGUCCUGCUGGAUCCAGCACCUCAUUCCAAAGAUAGAAGACGGGAAUGACUUUGGAGUCGCCAUACAGGAGAAGAUCUUGGAGCGGAUCGCCGCCGUGAAGACCAAAGUUGAUGGUUUCCAGACCAACAUCAACAAGUACUUCUCAGAGAGGGGAGAUGCUGUCGCCAAAGCCUCCAAAGAGACGCAUGUGAUGGACUACCGCUCACUGGUUCAUGAGAAGGACAGAGCGCUCUUCUCUGACCUCAGGGUGAUCCUCCUCGACAUCCGCGGCUUCUACGCCGAGCUGUACGACAUCAUCAACAAAAACCUGGAAAAGGUGACCAACCCAAAAGGAGAGGAGAAAUCCUCCAUGUACUGAGGCGGCAGCGGUACGCCGUUUUGGAGGAGCGCAACUUUAGAUUUAGACUUCAUGAACCGUGAGCUGUUAUUACUGCUGUUGGAUGCCAACACUUUUUAAAAACAGGAAAGAAAAUUGCACUAAAGUGAACCUAUGAAUAAUAAACUUGUAAAUCAAA